ACAGAAAUGAUAAAAUCAAAUCAAUUACAAAGCAUCAAGGAAGAACUUCAGAGAAAUGUUUCCCUACAGCUGAUGCAGAAUCUCAAUAAAACUAUGAAAAUCAAGAACCUUUCUGCCAUGCUGCAAAACAUAACCACCGAGCUGUGUCGAGAGCUGGUUAACAAACAUCCAGAGCACAAAUGUAAACCAUGUCCAAAGGGUUCACAAUGGUACAAGGACAGCUGUUAUUCUGAAGUCAGAGGGUAUGCAACAUGGCAAGAGAGUGUUACGUCCUGCUCUUCUCAGAAUGCCAGCCUCCUGAAGGUUAAGAACAAGGAUGUGCUGGAAUUUAUAAAGAUUAAGAGGCUAAACGGUUAUUGGCUAGCAUUGUCACCCAGAAACGAUUACAUAAACUAUGAGACACUGAGUGAGAAGAUGUUCCUCUCUCAAUGGUUUGAAGGAAGCACAUAUGACUUAAACACGAUGAUGUACUGCAGAUACAUAAAUGGGGAAUAUGUUGACUAUACAAAGUGCACUAGUCAGAAACGAACCAUGUGUGAAAAGCCAGCCAGCAAGGUCCAGGUGGAAAGUGUGCUGAAUGGCUUUCCAGAUGAUAGCCUGUAGCUACUCUGCAAUUGCUUGUCUCUAGCUACUAUUUUACUAUGUUUGUUUGAAUGAGAAUGUCCCCCAGGGGAUCAAGCAUUUGAAUACUUAGUCCUCCCUUAUUAGAACUGUUUCAGAAGCAUGGGAAGAUGUGACAUUGUUGGAGGAGGUGUGUCACUGAGGAUGGGCUUUGAGCUUUCAAGAGCCCAUGUCAUUCUCUGUUAUUUCAGUCUCUGUCUUGUGCUUGUGGAUUGAGCUGUGAGCUCACUGCUACUGCUCAAGGCCAUGUCUGCUUGCCUGCUGCCAUCCUCCUCACCACAGUGGUCAUGGACUCUAACCCUUCUGGAGCCAAAUUAAAUGCUUUUAUAAGUUA